AUGGAUGUCCCGCAGAACGCCCGGGCCAGGUCCGCAUCGAGGGCCAGCAAUAAAAGCUCUGGCAUCCGCCCCUCGAGCGCCAAUCCGCAGCCCUUCCACGACCCCGCCGCAUCAUCACGGUUCCCCAGCUCGAGCUCGGCCGCAGACGCCUUCGCCCUCGACGCCUCGUUCAUGCCCGCCUCCGCUGCCCUCGAUCCUGGUCUGUUCCAGACCCCGGCCGCGUCAGACCUGUCCUUCACGCAACCCCAACCCUACUCGCAGUCCUUCGAGGCCAGCUUCCUGCAGCAGCUGGAGCAUUCCUCCAAUCUAAAAGCCGACGCCGGCGGUGCUAGUGUAGGCAAUCUCCUCCCCUCAGACCAGCUCCCCUUCGACGACCUGCCGAUGUAUAGCGAGAGAAAUCAGGCUCCAGAUUUUGUUUCAUCUUUGCUUUUCGACCCCCAGACGGCGCAGGCGGCCGCGCACCACAAUAGCCAGUCUGUGAAUCCCGCAGACCUUAGCAGGAUGCCGUCGCCUCGCCCGUCUCCCCCCCAUCUCGCGCCCCCUGAAUCGCACACCUCGCCGCGCCCAACGUCUCCAGCAUCGAGCCCCGGAACGUUUUACACCCCACAGCACUCGCGCCAGGCAUCGUUGGACCCUGCCACGGCCGCAUAUGUUACCGGCCAUGGCCAUUCGGAUUGGCAGGGGAUGCUGGGAAGCCAGUCUUUCCAAGGCCAUAGAAGAGCACCCUCGGAGCAUUCGGACGUCUCCUCUGUUUCCCAUUCGCCAUAUUUGGCCCAAGAGUCCUUCGAUAUAUCUGAAAAUAACCAUUCUCCACUACUAAUGGCUCAGCCAGACAAUCUACUCUACGAGAAUGCGCUUGGAAUCGGGUCGUUUACAAUUUCAGACCAAGACCAAGCGUUCAGCCCUGCCCAUACCCCUUAUAACAUGUCGCCUCGAUUGAUGGCCCAACAGCCGGGUGGAGACUUGGCAAAUGAGAACGCUUUUCUUAAUACUCAAAAUUUAAACAACCAUUUUGUUACACUCCCUUCAGACACAUAUACGAUCAAUACCGAUAUUCCUGGCCCAACUCUCCAAUCGCAAACGAGCCCCAGUGAGAUGGGUCAAGCGGCUCAAAUGACUCCGCCUGUAAUCAGCGUUGAUUUUGCGCCACCAUCGAGGACGUCAACGUUCGAAACGAUGAACAAAGUUGAUCAGGAUAAGGAUACUCUUAGCCCACCUAUUAGUCGACGAGGUAGAAGUAAAUCCGACCCCUUUGCACAAUCAAUGCCGCGUUCUGCACCACUCACGCCAUUCCCCACUGUCCCACAUGAUCCGCGCUCUCUUUCGCCGUUCCCACGCAGCGUUGGGUCUCUGAGUACUCCAUCGUCCCGUGAAGUCUCACCUGCCGCUAAGAAUCGCAGACAGUCUACUUCAUCUAUAGACAACCGCAACUACAUUCUUGAUCUUGCAGAUCCCCAACGGCCUGGUUCCACCGGCGGCGAUUCAAAGCGCGUACAGAAACAUCCAGCUACGUUUCAAUGUAAUCUUUGCCCAAAGCGAUUUACUCGAGCUUAUAACUUGCGCUCUCAUCUUCGAACUCAUACCGAUGAGCGGCCGUUUGUCUGCACCGUGUGUGGCAAGGCAUUUGCGCGCCAGCACGACCGAAAACGGCAUGAAGGGCUGCAUUCCGGAGAGAAGAAAUUCGUUUGUCGCGGAGAUCUAGGUCGGGGCGGCCACUGGGGUUGCGGACGCCGUUUCGCGCGCGCCGAUGCACUUGGACGGCAUUUUAGAUCCGAAGCCGGCAGAAUCUGCAUCAAGCCCCUCCUCGACGAAGAAGCCUCGGAGCGCGAACGCGCAUACCUCCAGCAAGGCCAGCACCAGCAACACCCUCAGCAGCCGCACCUCACCGGCCACCUGCAGCCCGUCCCGCAACCGAUGACCGUCCAGGCAGGCAUGGACGGCCAGGCCUCCUCAUUCACGCUCCCCGCCGCUCUGCUCCUACAGUAUCCCGCCCUGCAGACCCUGCAAUGGGACCAGAUCGCCGCGCAGCCCGACGAUAAUAAUAACAGCGACUUUCGCAGCGGCGGGAGUUUCGAUGCGAGCUCCGGCGGUGAGUUCGGGCUUGGCGAUGACGAUGAAACUGGCGGCCUUGGCGGCGGCAGCGGGUUUGUAGGCGGCCAGCCGCCGCCGGGCCAGGCGCAGGACCAGUUGCUGGGAAUGAAUGCGAGCGCAGGCGGUGCGAGCUGGCAGCCGCAGGCUGGAGGAUGGACGAGCAAUGAGUAUGAUGUUAAGUAG